CCCCAUUCGCUUCAGGACGACCUAACUGUCCUCCACCCCUCUCCCUUGCUGGGAGUUUGUUACACGCAUUGCUUUCACUUGCAGUGAGUUCGGAGUGCUGGACGAUCACACAAUGAGAAGCGAAAGCAGGCCCGUGCGGUGGAUCGGUUACCUCACUGUCAUAAUUGCGAUUUUGCUGCUCGGUUUCAUCAUAGGCUGGUUUUCCAGGCCGACACAAACAUACAAGCAAGACGAUGGUUCCUCCGGUCGUUACCUCAGAGAGCUCCUAGACGAGAUGCGCCCGGAGAACAUUAAAGAACAUCUCAGGAAGUUCACACGAUUUCCCCACCUGGCUGGUACAAAGCAGAAUUUGCUAUUGGCUGAGCAGAUCAAGGAGGACUGGCUUGCGUUUGGAGUGGACUCGGUAGAACUGGUGCCCUAUGAUGUGCUGCUGUCCUACCCUAACCAAUUACAACCCAACUACAUCUCUAUAGUGGACUCACUGCUUGGAAAUGAGGUGUUCAACACGUCUCUAGCAGAGCCUGUUCCAGAGGGCUAUGAGCAUGUGUCUGACAUCGUACCUCCGUACAGCGCUUUCUCAGCACAGGGACAACCAGAGGGUGACUUGGUGUAUGUGAACUAUGGUCGCACGGAGGACUUCUUUCAGCUGGAGCGAGAGAUGGGCAUCAACGUGAGCGGGAAAAUCGCCAUCGCCAGAUACGGGAAGAUAUUCCGAGGCAACAAGGUGAAGAACGCCAUGCUGGCUGGGGCCAGUGGGAUCAUCUUCUUUUCAGACCCAGCUGACUACUGUGCCCCAGGAGUGGAGACGUACCCCCGGGGGUGGAACCUACCAGGGGGCGGAGUCCAGCGGGGCAACGUCCUCAACCUGAACGGAGCGGGAGACCCGCUCACACCAGGGUACCCUGCCAAAGAGUACACCUAUAGAACCAGUAAAGAAGAGGGGGUGGGGCUUCCUAAGAUUCCAGUGCAUCCCAUUGGCUACCAUGAUGCCAUUCAUCUGUUAAAGAAUAUGGGAGGAGAGAUUCCACCCAAUAACUGGAAAGGAGCGCUGAACAUCUCUUAUCGGAUUGGGCCAGGCUUUACUGAAGGCUUCCAGGCCCAGAAGGUCCGUAUGAACAUCCACACCAACAACGUGGUGACCCGCAUCUACAACGUCAUCGGGAGGGUCAGAGGGGCGGUGGAACCAGAUCGCUACGUGAUCCUGGGGGGGCACCGCGAUGCCUGGGUGUUCGGGGGGAUCGAUCCGACCUCUGGAGCCGCUGUGGUGCAUGAGACUGUGAGGAGCGCUGGGAGACUGCUCACAAGAGGCUGGAGGCCCAGAAGGACUGUAGUAUUUGCCAGCUGGGAUGCAGAAGAGUUUGGUCUUCUAGGAUCCACAGAGUGGGCUGAGGACAAUGCUAAACUGCUCCAGGAAAGGGCGGUGGCCUACAUCAAUGCAGACUCAGCCAUAGAAGGUAUGUAUACUCUGAGGGUAGACUGCACUCCUUCUCUGCACACUCUGGUAUAUGACCUCACUAAACAGAUUGCUAGUCCAGAGGAGGGAGAGGAAGGCAUGUCUCUUUAUGAGAGCUGGCACAAACGCGACAACUGGACUGACGACCGCGAUGCUCCCAGGAUUAGUAAAUUGGGUUCAGGCAGUGACUUUGAGGCCUAUUUCAUCCGUCUGGGCAUCGCUGCAGGCAGGGCCAGAUACACCAAGAACAGGAAGACAGAGAGGUACAGUAGCUACCCAGUGUACCACAGUGUCUAUGAGACAUUUGAGCUGGUGGAGAAGUUCUAUGACCCAACCUUCCGGAAGCUUCAAGCCGUUGCUCGGGUGAGAGCCGGCCUCGUCUUCCGAUUGGCUGACUCCCUGUUGCUGCCCCUGGACGUCCGCGAGUACGCUCAGGCGUUGGGGAAGUACGCCCAAACCAUCGCUCAGCUGGGGAAGAGACACCCUGACGAGCUUGUGACAUACAGAGUGACGUUUGAUUCCUUGUUUUCUGCAGUGGAGAACUUCACUGUAGCAGCCACAGACUUCCAUGAUCGUCUGAAAACAUUGGACAGCACAGACUCCCUCCAAGUGCGUAUGGUGAAUGACCAGCUGAUGUAUCUGGAAAGAGCCUUCAUCGACCCACUGGGCUUACCUGGCAGACCCUUCUACAGACAUGUGAUCUUUGCCCCCAGCAGCCAUAACAAGUAUGCAGGCGAGUCUUUUCCCGGCAUCUAUGAUUCACUGUUUGACAUAGAACACGCAGCCAAUCCAGAGAAGGCAUGGGAGGAAGUGAGGCGUCAAAUCAGUAUUGCAGCUUUUACUGUGCAUGCUGCCGGCAUGACACUCACACCUCCUGCCUGAUCUACACACACACACCUCCUCCCUGAACAUUCAAACACACACAUCCAAAGCCCUUGUGUGCUUCACCAUGUCUGUCCAGAAUAAAGCUGUUGUUUUUUUAA